AUGCGGCGCAAGACUGUGGCACUCUGCAUAGUGCUGCUGAGUUCAGCAAGCGCCCUCUGGGUACCACGUCAAGAAAGCACCAUCCAAGUGGACCAUGACCGAAGCUUGACCAGACGAAACGAGACCGCGGCCAUGGCCGGCGAACUGACCCUGAACAUCGACCCAGAUAUCGACAACCCAAACUGUGGCGGAAUCUACGAGGCACAAAUCAGCGUCGCGCUCGCGGCCGAUCCGUUCUACCUCAGCAAGGCAUGUCAGAACGUGCUCAACUACCUCGGUGGCAAUAAAGGCAAGAAAAACGUCAACAUCGUCUUCGCCUGCACAGGGGGGUCGGCCACUGGGGUAGGAGACCGGGACAUCAAGUUCAUAUUCAACAUUAUCGCCAGCGCUGCCGUUAAUGGUGCAAAUUCCGGGACUCAAUUGGUUCCGAGCAAUUUGGAAGUCGUUAAUGAGGUGGACAACACUUUCAUCAGCACGCAGGUCAACCUGGGGGUGAAGAUGAGCGGUUCGAUGGCCAAGUUCCAGUACAUCUACUGCUAG